AUGUGGACUCAUCGGAGUAGAGUGGCAUUUUCUUCUUUUCCGUUUCGGUCUGAUUCUAAUGCCUCGGCUUUCCCUAGCCACGCUCGUCGGUACUUUCAAAUCUACUUGCCAUCAGCGGGAUUCGAAAUCUCCCACACGAAGAGAUACAAGUCGACCGGAAAAGUCGAAGGAUGCAUCAUCACCACAAAGGACUGGAAAGAGGGCGAUGAGAUCCGACAGCUGACGGGCGUGAUCGUCGAGCUUACGGAUGCUGACGAAGAGAUUCUUGCCCACCGGGACUUUAGUGUCAUGUAUGUUUCUCGGAAGCGGGCCAACUGCCUGUUUUUGGGCCCAGCUCGGUUUGUCAACCACGACUGUCGCCCAAACUGCAAGUUUAUAUCUCAAGGGAAAGACGAAAUCAGCUUCAAGGUUCUUCGCGACAUUGCCGCUGGAGAAGAGAUCACUGCGUUCUAUGGUACCCACUACUUUGGAGAAAAUAACGAGGAGUGUCUUUGCGAAACAUGCGAAAGGUGA